GCCCAUGCGAUCACAACCGCUUUAAUAGUGCUCUAAAGCGCUCACAGUUUAAAUUGCUCCGCAUAGACCGAGUGAUCUGGCAGACCAAUGUCCCCAUAAUCUUAAUUGAAGUGUGUGGUGUUGAAUUGCUCUCGAGAAAAUGUCUGCAAAGGUUCCCGCGAAAUUGAUCUGGCUGGGAAUGUUAUUUUAUGUUUCAAAUUCCUUACAAGAAACCAUCCCAUUAUCUACACAUCCAUCAAUCGAUAUUAGCUCAAAUCACCACGUUCAAAAAACAAAACGUUCUAUUAAACAUGACAAAGAUAUUGAACUAGAAGAUUUAUCUCAAGAAUUUUCCUCAAAAUUAGAUAUGACGUGUUUAAUUGGAUUAGUAAAAGCUCCAGAGAUUAAAAACGCGAAAAUGAUUCGUUAUGCUAAACGAAAAUCAAAAAAUAACGAUAAUAAAAAGAAAAAAGCAUUUUUAGUUGCUAUCUACGAAUGUUUCGAGGAUUAUAAAUUUUCUUCGGCAACUCAUAAAUUAUAUUGUAGUCAAGGUGAAUGGAUUGGAGAAAAACCGAGUUGCAAAAGAAUUGAUGGAGUUUUACCACAAAGCGAUGAAGCAGAAGACGAUGUUGAUGAUGAAACCUUGGAAGAUAUCUGUCCGUUGGAAUUUCGGUCCCAUUGUGAACACAAUUGUACGAUGGUCGCCGGACAGCCAACUUGUACAUGUUACAAAGGAUUUACCAUGGUCGACGGACACUGUCAAGAUAUUGAUGAAUGUAAAGAUAACGAUGCCGGUUGCGAGCAAGAAUGCAUGAAUAUCCCCGGUUCUUAUGAAUGUUUGUGUCCAAACGGAUAUAGGAUAACAUCGAACGGGAAAAAUUGCGAAGACGUGAAUGAAUGUUUGCUUAGAAACGGCCACGGACCGUGCCAAGAUAUUUGUGAGAACACCAUAGGUUCAUAUCAAUGUUAUUGCUCGAACUUAAACGGUACAAUAUUAGCUGAUGAUAACCAUACUUGUUUGGACGUUGAUGAAUGUAAAGAAGAAAAAUCUGGGUGUUCGCAUGGAUGUAUUAAUACGCAUGGAAAAGCUUUUUGUACUUGCCCUGAUGAUAUGGUACUAGAUUCUGAUUGGAAAACAUGUAUAGGUGAAUCAAAAAAUCAAGAAGAUGAAGAGGAAAAUGAAAUUAAAAAUCAAGUAAAUCAAGGAGAAAAAGACGAAAAAAUGACUGAAGAUGGAAAUGAAAAAAAGGAAGAAGAAGAAAAUGAUAUUGGAGAAGAGAACUACAAAGAAUCUGAAAAUGAAGAUAAUGGAAAUGACGAAGAAGAAGAUUAUGACGAAUAUGAUGAUGAUGAAGAAGAAGAAAAUAAAGAAUCUGAAAAAGAAGAAACUGGGAAUGAACAUAUCAAAGCUAAAGAUGACGUGUUUCUUAUUACAAAACAGUCAGAAAUUGGUAUCAAGAAUCAAGGAGAAACUGUUAAUGAAGAAAUUGAUGAACAAGAUAAUCAUGAAGAUUCGGAUUGUAAUGAUGGAUACAGAUUCAACCAAGACACCAACCAAUGCGAAGAUAUUGACGAAUGCGAAGAAGACGAAGUUGAUUGUUCCGAUGAUUGCGAAAAUACUUUAGGGAGUUAUAAAUGUACUUGCCCAAAAGGUUUUGAAAUCACACCAGAAGAUCCAACUUCUUGUGAAGAUGUGAAUGAAUGUCUAAGUAAACCAUGUUCUCCUGGUGAUUGUUUUAAUGAACUUGGAUCUUAUUAUUGUUCGUGUCCAGAGAAUUAUAAGAACAUUAAUGGAACUUGCGUUGAUGAAAUUGAUGAAAAAGUUGAUGAAAAAAUUGAUGAAAAAGACAAUGAAAAAAUUGAUGAUGAAGUUGAUGAGGAAAUUGAUGAAAAAGAUGAUGAGGAAAUUGAUGAAGAAAUUAAUGAAAAAGUUGAUGAUAAACCUGAACUUAAAUGUUCUCAUGGCAUUAUAAUCGAUGAAGGUGUAGAAAAAUGUAACUGCUUUAGUGGAUAUAUUCUUGGAAGUGAUCAACAAACAUGCGAAGACAUAGAUGAAUGUAAACUAAAUAAAUGCUCACAUGAUUGCGAAAAUUAUCCCGGUGGUUACAAAUGUUCUUGUCCACCAGAAAUGUUUUUAGAAAACGAUACUUGCAUCAAAAUAAAUUGCAAUCACGGUCAUCUUAACGAUGAUGGAAAAGUAAUUUGCACAUGCGAUAAAGGAUAUGUUUUAGCUCAAGAUGGUUUUACUUGCGAAGAUAUUAACGAAUGUAAUCACCAAAAUAAUUGCUCGCAAAUUUGUGUGAACAAAAUUGGUUCUUAUGAAUGUUCUUGUCAUAAAAACUACGAGCUGCUUGAUGAUAAAUUUUCUUGUAAAGACAUUAAUGAGUGUGAAAACAAAAAAUUAAAUAAUUGUACUCAAAUUUGUACAAAUAUAGAAAACGGUUAUUUAUGCGAUUGCAACAAAGGAUAUAAAUUAAAAAAAGAUGGAUUUAUAUGUGAGGAUAUAGACGAAUGUGAAUUACAUAACGAUUUAUCAUAUAACGGAAAAACUUGCGCUUACGAUUGCUUAAAUACCGAAGGAUCUUAUAAAUGUGAUUGCCGAAAUGGUUAUCUAAUAAACGAAGAUGGUCAUUCUUGCGAUGAUAUUAACGAAUGUUUAGAACACAACGGCAAUUGUUCCCAUUUUUGCGCAAAUUUAUUAGGAAGUUACGAAUGUUAUUGCCCAGAUAACUUCGAAAUCACAAACGACACAAAAACUUGCGAACAAAUUAAUCCGUGCAAAAUAAACAACGGCGAAUGUUCUCACAUUUGCACCUUCACCAACAACACAAUCAUUUGUGAUUGUCCCGAAGGAUACGAACUUUACGACAAAACUUGUUUCGAAAUUGAUCCUUGCACUAUCAAUAACGGCGGUUGCUCGCAUUUUUGCGAAUACGUCAAUAACACGGCUUCUUGUUAUUGCCCCGAUGAUCACUUUUUAUUCAACGAUACAUUUUGUAAACAAGAAAAUCCUUGCGAAGUUGCAAACGGCGGUUGUUCGCAUAUUUGUAAGUUUGAAAAUGGGGAAGUUGUUUGCGAGUGUCCGGAAAGUCAAGAACUUUACGAUAAUAUUUGUACUGAAAUCGAUUUAUGCGGAGUGAAUAACGGAGGUUGUUCGGAUUAUUGCGAAUUUGUUAAUGGAACUGUUUUUUGUUCGUGCCCAGAUGAGCUUCAAUUAAAAAAUGAUACUCAUUGUUUUAAUCCGUGCCAAGAUAAUAAUGGGGGUUGUUCUCAUUUUUGUUAUGUUAUUGAUGGUGAAGUAAAAUGUUCGUGCCCCGAAAAUCUUCAAUUAAAUAAUUUUAAGGAAUGUUUUGAUCCGUGCCAGGAUAAAAACGGGGGGUGUUCCCAUAAUUGUUCGUUUUCUCAUGGAAGAAUUAAAUGUUCUUGCCCCACAUCUCAUAAGAAUCACAACGAUACUCAUUGUUAUGAUCCUUGCGAAGUAAAUAACGGUGGAUGUUCCGAUUUUUGUAACUACAACGAUAAAGAAAUUAUUUGUACUUGCCCGGAUUAUCACGAAUUAAUCAACGAAACUCAAUGUAUUGAAAUCGAUGGUUGUUUGGAUAAUAACGGGGGAUGCUCUCAUAUAUGCAAAACGAUUAAAGGAGACGUCUCAUGUAGUUGUCCCGAAAAUUACGAGUUAUUCAAUGAAGUUAAUUGCAAAAAAAUGAAUCCUUGCAAAAUAAUAAACGGGGGAUGUUCUCAUUAUUGCAGUGUUAACGACGAAAAUGAAGCAAUUUGUGAUUGCCCCGAGUAUCAUUUCUUAGAAAAUAAAAUUUGUGUAUUCGAUCCUUGCUUAGAUAAUAACGGAAAUUGUUCCCAACUUUGUACAAAAAUAAACGAUCAAGGAAAAUGUUCUUGUUUCGAUGGGUAUCAUUUAAAAAAUGAUUAUUUAUGCGAAAAAAAUAACCCUUGUGAUGAAAACAACGGGAAUUGUUCCCAUAUCUGCUUAAACAACCACGGAAAAUCGUUAUGUUUAUGCCCUGAUGAUCACGAACUCCACAACGAAACCACAUGCAUAAAAGUAAAUCCCUGUUUUAUUAACAACGGAAAUUGUUCUCACGAAUGCUCUUUUAAUUCCACCGUGCAAUGUCUUUGUCCCCACGGAUAUAUUUUAUCAAAUGAAAAAAAUUGUGUUCUCCAAAAUCCUUGUUUAAUAGACAACGGGGGAUGUUCCCACACUUGCACAUCAAUCGAUGGCCAAACAAUUUGUGAAUGUCCCAAUAGAUACGAAUUAAUCGACAAAAAAUGUGUCAUGAUAAACCCUUGCCUCAUAAACAACGGAGGAUGUUCUCAUAAUUGUAGCAACGUGAGGGGCCGAGCAAAAUGUUCUUGCCCAAAAGGAUUUAAACGCCACGGAAAAAUGUGUUUAGAACGAAAUCCUUGCAUAAAAAAUAACGGGGGGUGCUCUCAUUAUUGCACAAGCAAAAAAGGGCUAAAAACUUGUCAUUGUCCAAGCGGGUUUCAUUUAAAACCCAACAACAAAAUUUGUAAAGAAAUCAACGAGUGUGAAUAUGAAAACGGUGGGUGUUCCCAUUUUUGUAGAAACACCGAAGGAGCUUACGAGUGUUAUUGCCCCGAUGGUUACCGAUUAGAUAACACAAAAAGAAAUUGCGUUGAUUUUAACGAAUGUUCGGUGGAUAACGCAAGGUGCUCACACGAAUGCACAAACACAAAUGGAUCGUAUUAUUGCGGUUGUCCCCAAGGAUUCAAAUUAGGCGAAUCUAAUCAUACUUGUUUCGAUAUUAACGAGUGCGAAAUUAAUAAUGGAGGGUGUCACGAUGAAUGUUUAAACACCCAAGGAAGUUAUUCGUGUAAAUGUCGAAAUGGUUAUGUUUUACAAACAGAUGGGAGUUGUACAAAAGAAAAUAAUCAAUGUGUUUACCCCAAUUUAUUAAAUGGUCGUAUUAAUUGUAGGGGAAUUUAUCAAAAACCCGAAAAUGUCCCAAUAGGAACUGAAUGCAUGUUUCAAUGCGAUCGAGGAUACAAACUCAUUGGGGAAAAUACAAAAAUUUGUAACAAAGAUGGAAAUUGGAGCUCUAAUAACCAACAUUGUCUUCCUGUUUCUUGCACAAGAUUAAUUCACCCAGAAAACGGUAGAAUAAUCCCAAGUUAUUGCACAAACGGAAAAAUUUUCCCAGGUGAAAAAUGCCGGGUUUAUUGCAGAAAUGGUUAUACACCAAUUCCUCAAGUUGAAAUUAUAACGUGUUCAGAAAAUAACCAAUGGAACCCACCAGUAAAUGCCGACUACAUGAAACACGUUUGCAUAAAAGAUGAUCGCAAUUUUCCAAAACCUUACAUUCGAUGCCCCGGUAACGGAAUUUUAACUUUCACUCUCCCCCACGGGCAAAAUUCGAUGCCAAUUCGAAUCCCACGACCCGAAUCGAACGUCGAUUGGAGAAGAUACGUCUCCGCGGAACCUUAUUGGGGGAUGUAUUUAGGAACGGUGUUAUCAGCUGGAAAAACAGAAGUAAAAUUUACUGCGAGAACCCCUCAAAAUAACACCUCAGAUACUUGUACUCUAAUUAUUGAUGUUAUUGAUGAUGAAAAACCAAUCGUAAAGGAAUGCCCAGAAAGUAUGGACGUUGUUUUAAAUCAUGGAGAGUAUAGCAGAGUUGUAUUUUGGAGAGAACCACAUUUUGAUGAUAACGUUGGAGUUAUUUCUGUUGUGAAAUCAAAAGAACCUGGAGUUAGAUUCGGUCCUGGUAAACAUGACGUUACUUAUGUUGCUUCUGAUAAAGCUGGAAAUCGGGUUAUAUGCGUGUUUGCAAUAAAUGUUAAAGGAGCUGAACAUUUUCAAUCUUCAAAACGUAACCAAUAUAAAAUGGUUUUAGUUUGCCCAAACGGAGCUAGAUACACUCCUGAAGACGCAGAAAUUGUUGAAAACUCUGUUACAAUGAAUCAUGGAUGCAGAUGGGAAUACAUAAAAAUAAGACAUCCUUCGCAUCAUAGAUUUAAAUCAAGCUCUCCAAUGCAAUAUGUAGAAGAACCUUAUAAAACCAGGUAUUUUAGGAGGACGUAUAAACCGUUUGCUUGGUACAAUAACUGCUGUUGAAAAAAUUUGUAUUUCUUUUACCAAAAUGAAGGCCCAUAUUAAUUGUUUCUUAAAUAUUAUUUGAAGAUAUUUAAAAUCGAUUUCAUUAUUUAAUUUUACAUGUGAUCUAAUGAAUUUGAUUUUAAUGGUCCAAGUUAAUGAUUGCACUUUAAUUCCAUAUUUAGCCGGCUUAUUAGACAUCCCUUUUCAUACAAGAUUAUUUCUUAUUACUACUAUGAAUAUAUGUCGACAAAAUUUAAGCUCGAAAGAUUAUAAUCUCCACUUUAAUACACAAAACAGGUCAAGGAGUGCAGCGAUGCGACAUCAUCUACGGCUUACAGAACAUCUAUGAUUUAUUGUUCUGAUGUCUUUUGCACAUUAUUUACUCUUGUCUUCACACUCGUAUCUUCUUUGCCAGUCCGUAAACUAUAUGUAAAAGCGUUCACGAUAAGGGGAGUAAUUAUUCAUAUAAUGCCAUCGAUUCUUUGUAAGCUUCUUCAUACUGCUUACUAAGCCAUAAAAUAUCUCUACCACCUACAUCUAAGUUUUAACUAAUCUCAUCCAGCAACCUACACCAAAAGCAGUAACUUUUCAACCAAAAUUCUAUCAAUUACUUUCAGAGACCCAACCCAACACAACACAUUGCAGCGCCCGGAUGCGGUGUUCCCAGAUAAAAUUAUACGGAGAAUCUAUGACUAUUUGAUUAAGCCGUGGUAACUUGAGGUUCUGCAAUUGAUAUCACACCGAUAAUAAAUUUUACAAAAAAAAUGCAGUUUUUUAAAAAUCUACAUCCAUCCUAGGAUUGGGACCUUGUAGGCUGGAUAUAGUCUGGCUACAGCAACUACUCUGUCAUACUUAAUGUUUUCAAAAGUCUAUAUCCUGGUAUAACCCAGGUUCAGAUUGAUAUCAGCAAUCAAUAUACUAUAUAAAGAAGCCUACAUCCAUCCUAGAACGCUUACUAUGCAGAUUGCUUAUGGAAUGAUAUCAGUAAUCAAACUAUCAUCUUCAGUAUAUUCAGAAAUUUACAUCACAAAAUUAACAUCGUCAAUUUCAACAAUAAAUAUGACAUUCAAAGAUUUUUCACAAUAACCCGGAUUCGGACUGAUAUUACCAAUCAAUAUACUGAAUCCUACAUCCAUCCUGGGAGGUUCACGUUGUAAACUGGAUAUAGUCUGGUUUCAGCAACCAUUCUGUCAUCUUCAGUGUUUUCAAAAGUCUAUAUCCUAGUAGACCCAGGUUCAGAUUGAUAUCAGCAAUCAAUAUACUAUAUCCAGAAGCGUGCUCACCAUGUAGAUUGCUUAUGGAAUGAUAUCAGCAAUCAAACUAUCAUCUUUAGUAUAUUCAGAAUUUUACAUCACAAAAUUAACAUCGUCAAUUUCAACAAUAUGAAAUUCAAAGAUUUUUCACAAUGCUACAUUUUAACAUAACCCAGAUUCGGAUUAUCAAUCAAUAUACUAAAUACUACAUCCAUACUGGUAGGGUCACGUUAUAAACUGGAUAUGUUCUGCUUUCAGCAACCAUUCUGACAUCCUCAGUGUUUUCAAAAGUCUAUAUCCUAGUAUAACCUAGGUUCAAAUUGAUAUCAGCAGUCAAUACACUAUAUCUAGAAGUUUACAUCCAUCCUAGGAUGUUCACCAUGUAGACUGGAUAUCGUCUGGUUUCAGCAAUUUCAUAUCCUCCUCACUUUCACCAUAUCAAUAUGGCAUCUCAAAUUUUUUUAAUCCUACGUGGGAUAACCCAGGUUGAAACUGAUAUCAGCGAUCAAUACGCUAUAUCCAGAAGUCUACAUCCUAGGAUAUUAAGCGUGACCUGUGGGGUUUUUAAUGACCCCAAAUGAAGACAUCGCCAAAAUUAAACCUCAAGAGGCUCGAAUCAAACUCUUCAGACUCGUAACUAAAUGUUUAUCUUAUUUUAUGACCGAAUUAACAAAAAAUGUAUGAUUUUAAUAAAUUGGCAGUAUCUCAAAAAGUUUAAUAGAUGCUAUAGGGAUGCAUAACAGAGGAUUUGUAGGCUAUUAAAUUUAGUGUGUUUCAUUUGAUGUGAGAGGCUCUGAAUGUCAGCUUCUUCACUACAUUUUGUCAUGUUAUUUAUUUACACAAUAUAUUGAUAUUCAACUGGAGUUGUUCAAGUUGUAGUGCUUAUAUUAUAUUUUGAAAGUCAGUUUUGUUGCUAAUUUCAUAUAUUAAAUUAUUAAUGCAAUAUGAUCACACAUUUAUAUGGAAAUUUGGCGUUUAGUCUGCAAGUAAUAUUGGCGUUAAUCUGUCUCUUAGCUUUCAAAGAUACAAGUUAGAUUUGUGUUGGUUGCUUAAGAUUAUAGCUAAUAAAUACAUACCUUGUAAUGGUCAUUACUCAUUAUUUCACAUGUACUCACAUAUACUGAAUCUUGAUUUUCUAUAAUUUAUUUGAUUAAUAUGGGUCAUAAAUUUUUAAAUAUCAAU